AUGUCGAAAGAUGAAAGAUUAGCAAAAGGAUACUCAACCCAACGACCUCCACUCUUCAAUGGAAAGUACUACGCCUAUUGGAAGACAAGAAUGGAGAUGUUUAUUCAGUCUGAGAACUAUCGAGUAUGGCGUGCUAUCGAAGUAGAAGAUUAUGAGGUAACAAAGACAAAUGCAGAAAAUGAGGUAAUUCCUAAACCUAUCUCUAAAUACGAUAGAAGCGAUUUUGAGAAGAAAGAGAUUAAUGCCACUGCCAAAAAACUCCUAGUUUUGGGUUUAGGGCCAGAUGAGCAUACAAGUGUUAUGGGAUGUAAAACAACAAAAGAAAUAUGGGAUUUACUCGAAAUAACCCACGAAGGAACUCAUGAAGUCAAACGUUCUAAAAUUGAUAUACUUCUUUCUGAAUAUGAACGAUUUGAAAUGGGUUCAAAAGAAACUAUUCAAGAUAUGUUUACUCGUUUUAAAAGUAUUACUAAUGAAUUAGUUUCUCUUGGUAGAGUUAUUCCUAUGGAUGAACAGGUACGCGAUAAGCCUAUCAUUGCUCUAAAAGAUGCCCAACCAAGUGAAGAGGAUUCUGAGUCUGAAGAGGAAAAAGCUGCUAUGCUAGUCAGGAGGUUAAAGAAGUUGUACCGCAACAAAAAGUUUGGAGACCAAAGGAAAAGGAACUUCAAGAAGAACCAGUAUUCCAAGGAAACAGGAGGAUGCCAUAAAUGUGGAAAUACUGAUCAUUUUAUCAAGGAAUGUCCCCUUUGGGAGUCAGAAAAAGGAAAGGGAAAGAUGAAGGAACAAGGAAAAACCUAUACUCCUAACUUCUCCAAAUAUUAUUACAGGAAAGCUAUGAUAGCAGCGUGGGGAGACACAAGUUCCGAGGAUGAAGAGGAACCCACGGAAGAAGAGACGAAAAACCUUUGCUUGAUGGCUAAGCACAGUGAGUCUGCUAAAAAGUCUGAUGAGGUAAAUCUCAAACCAAAAUUUCUGAAAUCUCUUUCAAAAGACAAACUAAUCUCUUUGCUUAUAGAGACUUUAGAUGAAUACAAAGAAAUGUGUCUUAAGCUCGGACAAAAUGAAAAAGCACUAGAAAUCUAUAAGGAUCAUAUGAAAUAUUUAAACAGCUCAAGAACCGAUGUUCAGGGAAGAUUUUUCGAUCUACUUGAUAAAAAUACCAUGUUAAAAGAUUCUCUAGAAAGAGUCAAAAAUGAAAAUAUUAUAUUGAAUGUUGAAUUGACUCAAUAUAAAUUGUUAUGCACUAAUAUUGAUUCUAACAAUGCUCUUCAAUUGUCUUUAGUAACUUUUAAUGAUGACCUUGAAAAUUUGAAGAAAGAAUUACAGAUUACUAAAGAUAAAAAUGAAUCCCUUGAAAAGGAUCUAGAAAGAGCUAGAAACAACAAAAGUGCAAUCCACAUGGGAGUUCCAAAGUGGAUAUUCGAAGCUCAAACCAGAAGGACAGAGGGUUUGGGUUUCAACCACAAAAAGAAGAGUAGUAGUAAAAAGAAAAAAUAUGUGGAACUUCCUAGUGAGACUGUGUGUUCCUUUUGUGGCAAGUCAGGACACAAAGACACUGAAUGUAAAAGAAAGGAACUAAAGUCUACUAAAAAUAUGACAUAUGUAUGGAAAAAGAAAGAGUCUGCUGUAUCAACGCAGGAACCCAUGAAAGAUGGGGUUCCUGAAUCUAACCCUUAG